AUGCGCGACUUGAGCCACUUGGAUGUGCGCGAGUUGGUUGAAGCGAUAUACCACAGUUUGGACGGGCUGGAUGACCGACUGGCCAAACUAUCGCAACAGAUCCUGGGAAGCUACCCUGGCCCCAACCAAGGCCCCGAUGUUGUCGAUGUCGACGACGCCAUAGUCGAACCCAUGACAGCAUCCUCGCUCUAUCCCGAGGCCGACCCGGUGACUGGGCCUAAAGACGUUACCCCGGCGUCGUUCACACAGCCAAGUGCGUCCCCCCCUUGUUUACAGCCUUCCCCCAUUUCGAGUGAACACGGAAUGAACGCAUCGACGGAUCAGCUUACCGUUUUGCCCUCGCUCCAUAAGGCCGCCCGCACAGCCUGUGUUACCUCUUUGGGGCCAAUUGUGCCAUCCACACCAUCUCCCCCAUUGGACACUUUGCAUUCGAACAACCCCACUAACUCUCGUUGGAAGGCGCAGGCUUCGAACCGGAGCUUGCCGCCCCCUCUCCAGCCCCCCCACUACUCUCGAAUGCAGCCUUCGGCUCCAACACCCGCCAAACGCCCCCCGGACUCUGCGUCUUCUCAACUCUGCCUCGCGCCUCCCCUCCGUGCCCGCGAAACCGCAGCUGCGUCGCACCGCUCACCAGGGCCUUUCCCCCCACUCCAGAAACCACCCCCCCCUCCAGUCGAACCCCUACCACACGGAUUAUUUAUGUGGAAGGACAGUGCCCCCCACCGUGCCCCUGAGUCGUGGCGCUUCCCCUCCACUUCGUGCGCCGCCAUGUGGACGUUGUGGUUCCAAGGCGAUCCCGUGCAUCGCAUCGGUCCGUUUCGGCACUUGACCACGAGCGACGUGUCGGACGUGACAAGUAAAAUCCAGCUGUACUACGCUCAGGUGGUGAUGGGGGAUCUCUUGUCGGUGGCCUUGCUGCACGCGCUGGCAAUGUCGCCCGAUCACAUUGCCAAGAUGAGUGUAGCCAGCGCGCUGUCCGUGCUGGAGAUGGCCAUGUCGCUGCGGGGCUUGGAACGAAUGUCCCCCCCAACUCGACCAACGACUUCUGUCCCAUCGUUGGCGUCCGAACAACUGUACAUCCACGUGUACCAACGCAUCGCUAACUCUCGGAUCGUUCCCCAGAAGCCCCGCCACGAUAUUCGUUUUUUGUAG